GUUUCCAGACUCCCCAACCAACACCCAAGGGGAGAUCUCCAAUAAGACUCCUCGCCCAACACUCAAGGGGGAGGAGAAAAAAAAAAUGUCAGGAAAGAUAAUUAUAUCUGUUAUUUCUCUUAUUCUUGUUGUAGGUGUUGCCAUCGGUGUUGUUGUUACUGUUCACAAAAAAGGUGAAGAUCCUGAGAUUCAAACUCACCAUAGAUUUCUUAGAGUUAUUUGCCAAAAUGCAGAAGACCAAAAACUCUGCCAUGAAACUCUUAGCUCUAUCCGUGGCGCCGACGCUUCAGAUCCUAAGACAUACAUAGCGGCUGCAGUGAAAGCAGCUACUGACAAUGUCAUUAAGGCAUUUAACAUGAGUGAUAGACUCAUUGUUGAGUACGGCGACAAGGAUAGGCACACCAAGAUGGUUCUUGCUGGCUGCAAAGAGAUGAUGGAGUUUGCUUUGGACAGUCUUGAUCUCUCCACCACUGUGGUUCGUGACAAAAACAUUCUAUCUGUUCAUGCUCAACAUGCUGAUCUCAGGAAUUGGUUGAGUGCAGUUAUCUCUUACAAACAAGCUUGCAUGGAAGGAUUUGACGAUGAAAAUGAGGUUGAGAAGAAGAUUAAGGAUCAAAUGCAUGCUCAGACUAUAGACCGCGCGACAAAGGUCACCGUUGUUGCUCUUGACAUUGUGUCUGAUUUGUCCAACAUACUCCAGGAAUUCGGUUUGAAGUUAGAUCUCAAACCUGCCUCUCGUCGUCUUCUAUCUGAGGAAAUCCAUAACGAGCAAGGAUUCCCUGCAUGGGUCUCUGCUACCGAUCGCAAGCUUUUGGCUAAAAUGCAAGGAAAAGGAUGGAGAUCAAAAGUUAAGCCUAAUGUUGUUGUUGCCAAGGAUGGUACUGGCCAAUUUAAAACAAUUAUGGAUGCUAUUAAUUCUUACCCUAAAGGAAACAAAGGAAGAUAUAUUAUCUACGUUAAGGCUGGUGUCUAUGACGAGCAAAUCACUGUCCUCAAAGAUUGCCGUAACUUGCUUAUGUACGGCGAUGGCCCUCGAAAGACCAUUAUAACCGGUAGUAAGAACGAAGCCAAGGAUAAAAUUGAUAUCAAUCAUGGCGCCAGCUUUGGCAACGAUGCAGAGCGAUUUAUUGCAAGGGACAUGACAUUUGAGAACACAGCCGGUCCUGAUGGCAAACAAGCUGUUGCUUUGAGAAACCUAGGAGAUAUGUCUGCUUUCGUUGGUUGCGAAAUCAAAGGUUACCAAGACACCUUGUACGCUCAAUCCAAUAGGCAAUUCUACAGCAACUGUGUUAUCUCUGGUACCAUCGAUUUCAUCUUUGGAAUGUCUAGCACCUUGAUCCAAGACUCUAAAAUCAUCGUAAGGAAGCCCAAGAGCGAUCAAUCCAACGUAAUUACCGCAGAUGGAACCGUAGAUUCUCAGUAUACGAACACUGGUAUUGUGAUCCAGGGCUGCGAGAUCGUCACAGAUGAAGAUUUGGUAAAGUCCCAAAUCAGAUCUUACUUGGGCAGGCCAUGGAAGCCAUAUUCAAGGAUGGUCUUCAUGGAAUCCACCAUCGGUGACUUUAUUCAUCCAGAUGGAUGGACCCCUUGGAUAAAGGAUGGUAUUGAGAUAAAUAUGGAUUUAUGUUACAUAGCAGAGUAUGCCAACACUGGACCCAGUGGCAACAUAGGACCUGGUGCCGAUGUUUCCAAAAGGAUCAAGUGGAAGGGUUAUCGCGGUCUCAUUAGCCGGGAUGAGGCUGAAAGAUUCACCGCUGCUAAUUGGCUCAAGGCUGAAAACACAUCCGCAGCCACCUGGUUGAAGGCUCUUCAUGUUCCUAACUACCUUAACUUCAAAGUUAGAUCUUAAUUAAAUAUGUAACUUACUCAUGAAUAUGAAUGAUGGCACACAGACAAUUCGAUAUUUUUUUGUAAUUAUCUUUCCUGUUUUUAUCUAGGAAAUCCACCAUAAAUACAAAUCAAAUUUUGCUCCGACUAAACUAUAUUAUAAGCUUCAAUUUUCAUUUUUGUUUUGAUUUUUUUUACUGAUCAAUCAUAUAUCAAAUCCAUAUUUAACUAUAGAAACAAUCAAUUGCAAAAGAAUAAUUGACCAUUCAAAAAAAA